AGAAAAGAGUCUGAGCCGAAAGUGACGAACCAAUGAAAAAAAACGCAAUAACACCAACACCCAACACCCAACACCCAACACCAUCUACAGCUGCACUACUAGAACCCAGCCAAACAGCCAACCCCAUCAAAUUCAACCACAACGCCAUAGAUUAGAAUGAAACCAAAAUCCAAAAACACCGAAUUAAAAAACCAAUAAUCAAAUUUUCAAAAUCCAAUUCCAAAACCAAUAAUCAAAAACAGAGACAACUGCUUUUUAUUAUCUUCUCCACUGCUACUGCCUCGAACUAGGGCUCACUCACCCUCUUCUCCUUCUGCUGCUUUAGUUUCAAUAUCAGAACAGCUAUUCGCCCUUUUUUAUUUUCUUGUCCGAAUCCGAAUAAGAAUCUGAAUCCUUUUUAUUUUUUUUGGGAAUAAACAAAAUCUCAGACCCGUGAUUUCCCUUUUUGACUUCUCCCAAAACCACACCCCCUCCUCCUUUCAUCCUCUCUAUCUAUUGAUGCUUUCGAAACCCUAGAAGUAUGCAUCUUCUUUUAGGAACGUGAAGGAAAGGAAGCCAUGGGGGUUGCUGGGAAGCUUUCGUUUUCGCUGCUGAUUAAAAGAUCGCUUUGAGUUAUGGGGAAUCGCUCGGAUUAGCCGAGUCGAAUUGGGAAUUUUGUGUUUUUUGUUUUUGUUUCUAAAUUUGAACCAGAUCGUGGUUGUUGGUUUUUUGUUAGCUUUGGUUAUGGGUGUUUCUGAGCUCUGAUCUCGAAGAUUUGUAUAUGUUCGUUGUAUUUGGCGCCGUCUAUACUAUUUCGGGAAACAAGGAUAUUUGUCUCCGAGUUAAGGAUAGUGCUGUCCCCUUUAAGCUUAUCACUAUCUUUAUUUUCACUUAACAAUUUAAGUACGAAAGCUCGAAGAUUUAGGGACGUGGAGGCUCUGCAAACUUCUGUACUGGGAUUCCGACCCAUUUGGUUCUUUCAAGCUCUGAAGCUUUUUCAAGAGUUAGAAGUUGGUCCCGAGGAGGAGAAACGACUUAGUAUAGGUCUGGUGUUUUGAGGUGAGAACUGAAAAUGGCUAUGUCCUGCAAGGAUGGUAAACCGGGACUGGAUAACGGUAAGUAUGUAAGGUACACACCUGAGCAGGUUGAAGCCCUUGAAAGGCUCUAUCAUGAUUGCCCCAAACCCAGUUCGAUUCGUCGCCAACAGCUUAUAAGGGAGUGCCCUAUUCUCUCUAAUAUUGAGCCUAAACAAAUCAAGGUCUGGUUUCAGAACAGAAGAUGCAGAGAGAAACAAAGGAAAGAAGCAUCACGCCUUCAGGCUGUGAAUAGGAAGCUUACAGCCAUGAAUAAGCUGUUAAUGGAGGAGAAUGAUAGGUUGCAGAAGCAGGUGUCGCAAUUGGUGUAUGAAAAUGGAUAUUUUCGCCAGCAUACCCAAAGCACAACGCUUGCAACCAAAGAUACAAGUUGUGAAUCGGUGGUCACGAGUGGUCAACACCAUUUGACCCCUCAGCAUCCGCCGAGAGAUGCUAGUCCUGCAGGGCUUUUGUCCAUUGCAGAGGAAACUUUAGCAGAGUUUCUUUCAAAGGCUACUGGAACUGCUGUGGAGUGGGUCCAAAUGCCUGGAAUGAAGCCUGGUCCGGAUUCCAUUGGAAUCGUUGCUAUUUCUCAUGGUUGCACUGGAGUGGCAGCACGAGCCUGCGGCCUGGUGGGUCUAGAACCUACUAGGGUUGCGGAAAUCCUCAAGGAUCGACCAUCGUGGUAUCGCGAUUGCCGUGCCGUGGAUGUUCUGAACGUGCUGCCAACCGCAAAUGGUGGAACCAUUGAGCUGCUUUAUUUGCAGCUCUACGCUCCAACUACUUUGGCGCCUGCUCGCGAUUUCUGGUUAUUGCGUUAUACUUCUGUUUUAGAAGAUGGCAGCCUUGUGGUUUGUGAGAGAUCUCUUAAAAAUACUCAGAAUGGUCCAACCAUGCCUCCGGUGCAACAUUUUGUUAGGGCAGAGAUGCUGCCUAGUGGAUACCUCAUUCGACCUUGUGAAGGGGGUGGUUCAAUCAUACACAUUGUUGAUCAUAUGGAUUUGGAGCCUUGGAAUGUGCCAGAAGUAUUGCGUCCACUGUAUGAGUCAUCUACUGUUCUGGCUCAAAAGACAACAAUGGCGGCAUUAAGGCAGCUAAGGCAGAUAGCCCAUGAGGUUUCUCAGUCUAAUGUCACAGGCUGGGGUAGACGUCCUGCUGCUCUAAGAGUACUGAGCCAAAGGCUUAGCAGGGGUUUUAAUGAGGCACUUAAUGGCUUUACUGAUGAGGGGUGGUCAAUGAUGGGAAACGAUGGGAUGGAUGAUGUUACUAUCCUUGUAAAUUCAUCUCCUGACAAACUAAUGGGCUUAAAUCUUUCUUUCGCUAAUGAAUUUCCAGCUGUCAGCAAUGCAGUUUUAUGUGCUAAAGCCUCUAUGCUGUUACAGAAUGUCCCUCCUGCUAUCCUUCUUAGGUUCCUGCGAGAGCAUAGGUCAGAAUGGGCUGACAACAACAUUGAUGCUUAUUCUGCUGCAGCUGUUAAAGUGGGUCCCUGUAGUUUAGCAGGUUCACGGGUUGGUAGUUUUGGUGGGCAAGUUAUACUGCCCCUGGCACACACUAUUGAACAUGACGAGUUCUUGGAAGUCAUUAAGUUGGAAGGUGUUGGUCAUUCUCCUGAAGAUGCAAUGAUGCCAAGAGAAAUGUUCCUUUUGCAACUCUGCAGUGGAAUGGACGAGAAUGCUGUUGGCUCUUGUGCUGAACUUAUUUUUGCUCCAAUUGAUGCAUCUUUUGCUGAUGAUGCACCUCUUCUGCCUUCUGGGUUCCGAAUAAUUCCUUUGGAUUCUGGGAAGGAAGCCUCUAGUCCAAAUCGCACCCUAGACCUGGCUUCUGCUCUUGAAAUUGGGCCAAAUGGAACUAAAGCUUCAAGUGAUUAUUCUGCAAACAAUGGUUGCGUGAGGUCUGUGAUGACGAUAGCUUUUGAAUUUGCAUUUGAAAGCCACAUGCAAGAACAUGUAGCCUCCAUGGCUAGGCAGUAUGUCCGCAGCAUUAUCUCAUCAGUUCAAAGGGUGGCAUUAGCACUGUCACCUUCACAUUUGAGUUCACAGGCUGGUCUCCGCUCACCGCUUGGUACUCCCGAAGCACAGACACUUGCUCGUUGGAUCUGCAACAGUUAUAGGUGCUACUUGGGUGUUGAACUACUUAAAUCCAGUGGCGAGGGAGGAGAAACACUUCUCAAAACCUUGUGGCAUCACUCGGAUGCUGUUAUGUGUUGCUCAAUGAAGGCUUUGCCAGUUUUUACCUUCGCAAACCAGGCGGGGCUUGACAUGCUUGAAACCACCUUGGUUGCACUGCAAGAUAUUAGUUUGGAAAAGAUUUUUGAUGACCAUGGACGGAAGACUCUCUGCUCAGAGUUCCCUCAGAUAAUGCAGCAGGGUUUUUCUUGUCUUCAAGGGGGAAUCUGUCUUUCGAGCAUGGGACGGCCAGUGUCAUACGAAAGAGCAGUGGCUUGGAAAGUGCUGAACGAGGAGGAGAACGCACACUGUAUCUGUUUUAUGUUUAUGAACUGGUCUUUUGUGUGAUAUUUAGACCAAGUGGCUGAACUUCUAUAUUAGCUUAUAGGAUUAAGAAAGGAUAGAAACCUUAAUUUGUCUUCUAUGUUCAUCUGGAUAUUUUGCUUUAGUUUGGAGUUUGGAUGUUGAGACUGAGAUUAGUUCCUAACAAACUCUUUUAUGACUCUUUUCCUUGUGAUAAUGUGACUAAAUUAUGUUCUUUUUGUCA